AUGGGACAAGUAAAUUGUUCAAACUGCACCUGCAACAAAAAAGAAAAUGAGCUUAACGUCGAGCUCGACCUCAAAGAAGACCCCCAACGCCAAGAAGCAACUGCGGAAGACAGUUUUUCCCCAAUUUCCAAAAACCUGUCAAAAUCUUCUUCUAAAUCCUCAUUGAAAAAUCAUAAUUUUUCGCAAUACACCCAGCAGAUAAUAAAACUCCAAGCUUUAUGAAGAGGCUACCAAACUCGUAAACUUUAUACACACUUGAAAGGCAGUAAAUCUCUUAGUCCUUUUCUUCUUGUGCGAAUAUUCACUUUUGAGGAUUUUUACAGUGAAAAAUUAAAAUUUAGGUUUUAAGGCAAGCCAUCGAAAUUAAAUAGAAUUUUUUCUAUUAUUUAUAAUAUAUUAAAAAAAAACCCAAAAAGCAGAAUUUUUACAAUUAUAGGGAGCUAGAAAAUCUCAUUUUUCUCCUUUAGAAGCUAAAGAGACUUCAAAACUUAAAUUCAAUACCAAUGAACGUGAAGAGCGGCUUCCUUACACUUAUAAAAGUGGUGCUGUAUACAUUGGCCAAUGAAAAGGCACCAACAGAGAUGGCUAUGGCAGCCAAAAAUGGCCUGACGACGCAAAGUACGAAGGCCAAUGGAAAAAUAACAAAGCAAAUGGCCAUGGCAAAUUUUGACAUGUUGACGGCGACAUUUUCGAAGGCAAUUGGCAAGACGAAAAAGCUAACGGCAAAGGCGUCUAUUUCCAUUUAAACGGCGCUAGAUACGAAGGAGACUGAAAAAACGAUCUGCAAGAAGGCUACGGAAUUGAAGUCUGGAUGGACACAAGUCGCUAUGAAGGCUUCUACAAGGCUGGAAAAAAGCAUGGUUUUGGGAUGUACGUCUGAAAUGACGGAAGUAAAUACGUAGGACAGUGGGUUGACAAUAAAAUUAGUGGGAGAGGAAUAUAUACAUGGCUGGAUGGGAGGAGGUAUGAAGGGGAAUGACAAAAUAAUAAUAUGCAUGGGUAUGGGAUUUAUCAGUGGAGGGAUGGCAGAAGGUAUGAAGGAGAGUAUAGGUUUGACAAAAAACACGGAAGAGGGGUUUAUACCUGGGCGGAUGGGAAAAAGUAUGAUGGGGAGUGGAGGAACGGAAAACAGCAUGGAGAAGGAAUGCAUAUUUUUCCGAAUGGAGAGACCAGGAGAGCAAUUUGGCAGGAUGGGAAAAAGAUCAGGAAUCUUGACUAA